AUGGAACAUACGAUCUGCUCGAAAUCAAGAUCAAGUUUGCUUGGUAACGUCCAUAGCGGAGAAAGUUGUCCCGUGGCAAUAGAAAGGAUUUUGAAAAAAUCCGAAGUAAAAACUGUUGUAUGUGAUAAAAUCGAAAUACCAAGAGAAGUGGUCAUUCUCCGAAAAAUUUCUCCGCACCCUAAUAUUGUAGCUCUUCUUUACUGGGCGAAAAUCAGACCAGAAGAGUGUAUGGUUGUGUUCGAAUACCAUGAGUCAAAUUUAAAAGAUUAUUUGAACGUUAUUACAAGAAGCAGAGAAACUAACGGAUUGACGGAAGAUGAAUCAAAAAGAAUAAUGUGCCAGCUGUUGCUUGCAUGCAAGCACUUAGAGGACUAUUGUAUCUACCAUCGCAAUUUAAAACUAGAAAAUAUAGUCAUCGGCACUGAUGGCAAUAUUAAAUUAAUCGACUUUAGUUUGGCCGUUGAGGCGGAGGAAAGUGAUCAAUAUAUUGAGAAAACUGGGUCGAUUAUUCCACCUGAAAUGUACGGUCACGUUACUUAUAAACAAUCGACUGCACAAGUGUGGAUAUUAGGAAGUAUUUUCUAUCAACUCUUCGAAAGAAUUGAGCCGUUUCAGCGAGAACGAGUAAUUUGCAAAGCCUUAGGACCGGUCAUGUUUAGCAAAUAUAAUCGUCCUUCUGAAGAAUGUGUGGAGUUGAUGGAAUGGAUGUUGAAUGUUGACCCCAACAGAAGGCCUCAGUGCAUUGAUGAAGUUCUUGAUCACGAGUGGAUUAGACAUGAUUGA